UGCUUGUUUCAGUUUGCAGUGAUCGCUCAUCCAGGAGCCUGCUCCACUCAGGGAUAUUUGGAUUUCCCAGUCUGGAUGCUGUAGCCCGGCGUCCGGCUCACUCUUGACUUCCUCUGUCCCUGAUCCUCGGCGGCUGUGUGCGCGUGUGUGUGAGGACGCUGCGUGUCUGACAUUCAGACAUGGGCCCCUCGGUGCUCUCUAGGAUUACCUCGUGCCUCGCCAUCGUCGCCUUGGCUCAGGUGAUUGCAGUGACCUGCCAAGAAGAUAGCAAGAAAGACACCUGCACGGAAAAUGGAAAAGUCUACGCCAACGACGACAUGUGGAACCCGGAGCCGUGUCGGAUCUGCGUGUGCGACGCGGGGACUGCCGUGUGCGAGGACGUGGUGUGCGAGGACCUCGGCGACUGCCGGGAAGCGGUGACCCCGGACGGCGAGUGCUGCCCCGUGUGCGUGACAGCGGCCUCGACGUCGACGCCCGGCACAGGCCCCACCGCAGCUGCAGAUGAGAACAAAGGGGAGAGCUGUGCGGUCGACGGGCAAGUUUACGGCCACGACGACAUCUGGAAACCAGAGCCCUGUCGCGUGUGCGUCUGCGACAAUGGUGUCGCUGUCUGCGACGAGGUGCAGUGUGAAACCGUGCCCAACUGCGACAAGGUCGUCACACCCGAGGGCGAGUGCUGCCCUGUGUGCAGCACCUACGCCAGCGCUAGCAGGAUGAUUGAAAUCAUGGGCUUCAAGGGACAGAAAGGUGAACCAGGUGAUAUUCCAUAUGUGGUCGGGCUCCCUGGACCUCAAGGACCCUCGGGUCCUCCGGGAAGUCAGGGUCGCGCCGGACCAAGAGGCUUUAAAGGCAGACGGGGAUUCGCGGGGCCUCAAGGAUUUGACGGAGAGCCCGGUGUGCCAGGAAAUCCUGGCGAACCAGGAGCCCCAGGCCAUCCCUCCCACCCUGGGGGCAACCUCGUGACACAUAUGGCCUCAGGUUUCAGUGAGAAGGCUGGUAUGGCUGGGAUGUUGACAGGAUCGAGGGGUGAAGCAGGACCACGAGGACCUCCAGGUUCUACUGGAGUACCGGGUCCCAGUGGUGGCCAGGGACUCCCAGGAGAUGCUGGAGAGCCAGGACCAAUGGGUGAGCCGGGUCAUCGAGGACCAGAAGGUCCAGCAGGAAAACCCGGAGCUGACGGAGAACCUGGUGCUGCAGGUACUACAGGAGAACCAGGAUAUCCAGGAUCUAUGGGUGCAAGAGGAUUCCCAGGACUCCCAGGUCUUCCAGGACUGAAAGGUCACAAGGGAAAUGCCGGCCUUCUCGGGUCAAGAGGCGAGUCUGGAGCAGUUGGGACGAAGGGUACAUCUGGUACUCCCGGUGCCAUGGGUGCUCCUGGUCCACUGGGGCCAGCGGGUCUGCAGGGAGAACGAGGCCGAGUCGGCCCAACUGGGCCUAUUGGAAAACGUGGUGCAUCCGGCGACGUCGGCAAACCAGGUCCUCUGGGUCCACUGGGAAUCCCCGGAGUAGCAGGAUUUCCCGGUAACCCAGGAAUGAAGGGUGAAGCGGGACCGACCGGGGUGAGAGGAAGUCAAGGACAGCAGGGACCCAGAGGGGACGCUGGGCAUGGAGGACCACCCGGACCAACGGGACAGCAGGGUGCAGAAGGAACUGAUGGAGCUCCUGGCUCUCGUGGCCAAACAGGUCUGGCAGGUGUUCAGGGUCCGGCGGGUUUGCUGGGCCCAGCCGGUCCCCCCGGCCCCCAGGGAACUACAGGAACAGAAGGGCCAAAGGGCCAAUUGGGUGAUGGCGGCAUGCCUGGAUUCAAAGGAGAAGCUGGACACAAGGGGGAAAGAGGUGACCACGGUGCCCCAGGUCCACUAGGCCCCAUGGGAGAUGAUGGGAAACGUGGACCACGAGGUGAUGCCGGAUCCAUCGGCCCCCAAGGACCUCCAGGGGAGGCAGGAACUCCAGGAAAUAGGGGUUUCCCAGGUGCGGAUGGUUUGCCAGGGCAAAAGGGAGCCCAGGGUGAAAGAGGGCUGCUAGGGUCAACCGGCGCCAAAGGUUUGGUGGGAGAUCUGGGACGCAGCGGAGAGCCGGGUUUAACAGGAGCGCGGGGUCUGACUGGACUUAUCGGCGCUCAGGGAGCAGAGGGAAAACAAGGACCCAUGGGCUCAGCAGGAGAGGAUGGCAAACAAGGCCCAGCCGGUUCUACUGGAAACAGAGGAGCUGCUGGCCCCAUGGGCCUGCCCGGACCCAAAGGCUUUGCUGGUGAUGCUGGGAAGGUCGGAGAGGCUGGAAGUUCUGGACCCCCAGGUCAAAAGGGACUGAAUGGAAAAGACGGAGAAGAAGGCGCAGCUGGACCAGCCGGCCCGGCCGGUCCUGCAGGGAAACGAGGAGAGCACGGACCACAGGGACUUCACGGUUUCCAGGGUUUGCCCGGAAUGCCAGGCCCACCUGGAGAGUCAGGAAAACCAGGCAAUGAGGGUCUUGCUGGAGAGGCUGGGACUGGCGGCGGUACUGGUCCACGGGGAGAAAGAGGCCCCCCAGGAGAAAGAGGAGAGAUCGGACCCAAUGGGCUGCAGGGACCCAAAGGUGGUGCAGGUGGACCAGGAACAGAUGGGCCAAAGGGUAGUGCAGGUCCAACGGGUGGUGUUGGUGAGCCAGGGGGUCCAGGACUUCAGGGGAUGCCAGGGGAGAGGGGCAUUUCUGGACCUUCGGGCCCAAAAGGAGAUGGUGGUUCUGUUGGAGAGAAAGGACUCGAGGGUCAAGCGGGAGCUGAUGGUGCACGGGGACUUCCUGGUCCUGUUGGACCUGUUGGCUCCGGUGGACCCAACGGAGAUAAGGGUGAAACCGGCCCACCGGGACCUGCAGGACGCCGAGGCUCAAGGGGAAUCGCUGGUUCUACUGGUGAGCCCGGUGCAACUGGUGCUGUUGGAUUCCCUGGAACUUCUGGUCCCGAUGGUCAACCUGGGGUCAAAGGUGAAACAGGCGAGCCAGGCCUGAAGGGAGAGGUGGGACCGUUUGGACCUCAAGGGACGGCUGGCAAACCAGGAGCACAGGGACCUGGUGGUGUGACUGGAUUGAAAGGCGGCAGAGGGACACAGGGUCAAACGGGCUCUCCUGGAUUUCCCGGGUUGCCCGGAGGAGUUGGAACACCAGGUUCUUUUGGUGCUGUUGGGGCAGACGGGCCCAUAGGUGCUCCGGGAAAGCAGGGCCCCCCUGGGAUCCUGGGAGAGAAUGGGGGUCAGGGACGUCAAGGAGAGGCAGGACCUGCAGGCCCACCUGGCAUCCUCGGAGAGAAGGGAGACUCUGGGGAGGACGGUCCUUCGGGGCCUGACGGGCCUCCGGGACCUGCUGGCGCCGCAGGACAGCGAGGAAUUGUGGGUCAGCCUGGACUCAGAGGAGAGGGAGGCAUGCUGGGACUGCCAGGUCCUGCUGGUCCACCGGGAAAGUCUGGAACCCCUGGAAUACAGGGCGGCAAAGGGCCCGCUGGAGGAGUUGGGUUACCAGGAGCCACUGGGCCAAGAGGAGAUGCCGGCCCGGAGGGUAUUGCUGGAGCAGAGGGGUCACCUGGUAAAGAUGGCCUAGUAGGGGAAAGGGGAGACAGGGGAAAUCUUGGACCAGAGGGUCUGGCUGGUGUUCCAGGGUCUCCUGGAACUGAAGGUCCGGUGGGAUUCACCGGCAGUCCAGGAGAAAUUGGUGAAAAUGGUGCCAAAGGCUCCCCUGGACCCCAAGGACAACCUGGAGUACGGGGGAAAGUGGGUCCUCAAGGACCACAGGGAGAGAAGGGGACCCCUGGAGAGCAAGGAGAGCGGGGUCAGAAAGGACACAGAGGUUUCACUGGUCUCCACGGUCUCCCCGGCACUACCGGUGCUACAGGGGAUCUAGGAUCUACAGGUAUUGUUGGACCAGCUGGGCCAAGGGGACCUCCCGGAGUGUCAGGUCCUCCCGGAAAGGAAGGAAACAUUGGCCAGCCUGGACCAAUGGGACCUCCCGGAAGCAGAGGAUCCGGUGGAGACAUCGGAGCACAGGGUCCACCUGGUGAAGCCGGACCUGCCGGCCGUCCAGGCCCCCCGGGACCUCCCACCGCAGCCAUGGAAGACCUCAUGGUCGCCCCAGAGGACUACGAUGGCAACGGCGUCAUGUCGGAAGCUUUGGAAUUCGUCGAGGACGACGGGGCGGCUGAUCGUCCUCCGCCUCCAGAGUUCAACGGGGACGAGGCCCUUCCCAAUAAGAAGGAAGCCCUCCUGCGCGCCGACACCGGUGUCCACGCCACACUGAAGACCCUCAGCGGACAUCUGCACAACCUGCACAGCCCUGACGGCAGCAAGAUGAACCCCGCGAAAACCUGCCAGGACAUCAAGCAGUGUUACCCCCAGAAAAAGAGCGGUGAGUACUGGCUGGAUCCAAAUCAAGGAAGCCCAAAAGACGCCAUCAGGGUUUUCUGCAAUAUGGAAAAUGGUGAAACCUGCAUCUCCGCCAAUCCGGCAAACAUUCCCAGCAAGGCCUGGUGGACGGAAUCCAGUCCCAGCGCCAGCAAACCCGUUUGGUUUGGAGCCAACAUGAACGGUGGCACCAGAUUCGGCUACGGGAAUGGAGAGGAGCAGCCCAACGCUGUGGCUGUUCAAAUGAAGCUGCUGCAGCUGUUGUCCAAGGAGUCGCACCAGAACAUCACCUACCACUGCAGGAACAGCGUGGCUUACAAAGACGCAAAGAGCAGCAACCUGAAGAAAGCUCUGGUCCUGCGAGGCUCUAACGGCCAGGAGCUGAGAGCGCAGGGAAACAACCGCCUCCGAUACACCGUCCUCGAGGAUGGCUGCUCACAAUCAAAUGGACAGUGGGGCAAGACAGUGAUCGAGUACAGGACUCAAACUUCAGCCAGGCUGCCCGUUGUGGACUUGGCCCCCAUGGACAUCGGAAAGCCUGAUCAGGAGUUCGGCCUGGACAUUGGCCCCGUGUGCUUCUCGUAAAAAAAAAAAAGAAGCAAACACCCGACACGAGACGCAACUCAAAUAGCCCUUUUUGUAGAGGAGUAACAUCAUCACCAGAAAUUAUAGUAUAUGGACUCCUCUUUCUGUGAGCGUACAAGUCGAUCAAGGUUCUUCACACGCGACGCUGCAUUUCCCGUAAGAUGUCGGAGUACUGCUGUAUCUGCGGACGAGAAGUGUGUGACUGGUGGGACUCCGACAUAAUUUAUUCACCGCAUAAGUAAACUUUACAAUCUAGAGCGCAAGUGCUCUGUGGGGGGAAAUGCAUGUGGGUGUAAAAAAAAGAAGAAAAAGAAAUGCUGAGGUGUUGAAUAAAAGAAAGAAAGAAAGAAAGUGGAAUAACAUCCAGUAUUAAUAAAUCUUAAAGAAAUGUAUAAAAGUUUUUAGUGGGAGGAUUUUGUCGAAGAAUUGAUGGUUAUACAGCAAAGCGUCAAACCUUCUCAUUUUUAAAUAGUGAUGGAUGUCUUUUCCAGGUACCUGGUAGGGCUAGAGUUUAUAAGGCAAUGACUUAAGUUAAUAUUGAAGAAAUAAAAAAACAUGCUUGAACCUAAAUUAUUCAGUUCUGUGCAGGACCUCAUUUACUCACCCCCAACAACUUGUAAAUGAAACGUGUGACUGUAAAUUGCAAAUUACCUGUUCAUUUUUUGACUGUGGAUGUGGAAUAAAAAAAGUCUGUCUUUGGAA